AUGAUAGGGACUGAACCGAGAUCAGAGUGUCACGCAUCCAGAGCUGCGCCGAAUGACUCUGCUUGUGAGGUACACCAUGUCAGAGGUCAAUGUGGCACUUCUGAGAAAGAGGGGAUUGGUGAAGUUGAUGUCCAGCCCCAGGAGGGCUCGCCCCCUGUGUCAUCAACAGACCCUGCCAGUGGGACUGAACCGAGAUCAGAGUGUCACGCAUCCAGAGCUGCGCCGAAUGACUCUGCUUGUGAGUGUACAGUCCAUAAGCUGGUUUUUGAACUGGUGAGAAUUGACAAAUGCUGGAUAUGCCAUUCACCUUUGACAUCUAUCAAAUGGCACGGUGUAAGAUGCAAACAAUGUUCUAGUGUGUGGCGUGAAAUCUGCCUCCAGAAAUCCUCAGAAGACUGGGAUAUUUCAGAUGACGAUGUCUCAUCUGGCGACGAGUACAUCCCAGCGUCUGUAUCGGAUUCAGAAAGCUCAGGGACAGAGUUGAGUGUUGAGUUGCCUGGACCAUCCAAAAAGUCCCAUACCACUACUAAUUUGCCUGAUUUAGGUGUUACUUUCCCUGAACAAGACCAGACCAUAGAUAUAGAGGACAACUCAAGGGAUAUCUGUAAGAAUAUCCUGAUGGAUCUAGAAACUACUGGCGAUCUCCAAAGUGACCCAGAACCAGAAAGCUCAGAGUCAUACCUGCGGAAAACAAAAGAUGCGAGUAACGAAAAGGGUACUGUGGGUGUUCUUGGCCAAAGUAAAUCCCCAACCAAAUCAGCGAAAUUCAUUUAUUGUUUUGUAUGUGAAAAACCUCCAACAAAAUUUGCACGUCAUCUCGAGAGGCAUGUCAAUGAAAAUGCUGAAAUCGCACAGGCGCUCCAGUUCCCAAAAAAUCAUCAAAGGACAGAAAGGUUCUUCUUGAGAAAUUCCGAAACCUUGGCAACUUCGAGCCUAACUCUACUGUUAAAACCACAGGGUCAGUUCCAAACAGAGCAGCAGCACUGAGACUUACGAUCACUGCUUGUACUGUAAGGGUAUGUUAUCCAGAGCCGAAC